AUGGUGGAUGUUACUGUGCUGGAAAAUUCUGUCGAUGGUAAGACCGUUUUAACGGUUCUGCAAGAGUUGUCGCAGAGUGACAAAAUUCAGUUGAUAGAUAUUAUGAUUAUAAUAAAAAACGUCGUACCUAUCUACCCCUCGUUACCCAGUGAGACUCGCAAAGUGAUUCUGUCACUUGUCGUAAAAUCAUUGGAUUUCAUCGCUCAGCUGAUUUCUUUCACGUCCUGUAUUCCCAAAAAGCAGUCACAUCGGAGAAUCUAUGAAAGAGUGCUUAAAGAUCUGCUGCUGCGUCGCACUGAUUGUUUGAGAGACUAUUUGGGGGCAUUCACUAGGAAUAGAGUGGAAAUUCAAAACAUAAAAGCUGUCUUUUUUGGCAGUAAACUAUUCAACGCCCUGGCCCCGGAUAUUGAUAUCGUGUGGUAUUUGGAAAGACUUAUAGACCAGUGGAUUUGUGUCUUUGAUAUGCCAUUGGAUUUUUUCAGCACACACAAUUGUGGCCAAUAUUUAGUUGCGAUGCUCAACCUGCAUCCUGUUAUUACAAUAACCGUUCUGUUUCCCGAAUUAUUUUUAUUGAAUGAGCAUUCCUUUAAAGUGUUCCGAGUCAUUUUGAACAGGUCUAGCCAGCUGGAUCAACUCAUGAUCAUCAAGAAUUAUCUUCUUCCGUAUCUGGCCAUGAAUACAAAUAGCUCCAAUUACAGGAGUGUUUAUGUGUUGCUGAAGUCAUUGCCUCAAAUAAAUGUCAUGGGCGCUCAAACUAUUUUGAAAGUGAAAUCUCUGACGCUGCAGCAAGUUUUAAUUCAGUUACAGGACAAGAACUCUGUUGAAAAAUUGGUGGCAGAGCUGAUGAAUAAGUUCCACCACCUAGAUGAAAUGGUGGACGAGAAUGUCUGUCAAAUCCUAGUUCUUUUGCUUCAAUUAAAGAUGAGCAAGAAUGAAAGGGACGCAUUAUCUCAUGACCCACAAUUUCUUGAUGCGAUUACUGAAAGAUUGAAGCAUCAGGACAAUAUGGUCAGGGAGCGUACGAUGUUUGUUGCUAAGACGGUCACAAACGGGGAGCUGGAAUACGAGAGUGACUUCACCCUUGAUGUGCCUCACUUAGAUUUCGUCACUGAAAAUGAGCUUGUGAACGAUGCAGUGUUGGACAGCAUUAAGAAGGACCAUUUAACAGAGCCGGUCGCCACACUACCCUCGAUUGUGCAAAACUUGAAGUUGAGAGAGGACAGUGAUGAUGAGGAUGAUGCACCUGGCGAUGGCACCGACAGAGAAAUACUGUUUUUGAAGGACCUUGUCAAGACAUAUGAGACCGCAGACAAAAACACCAAAAUCGAUAUUGUCCCCCUAUUCAAACUAACCACCAAACUGGUCAGACAAAAGAAAGAUCUGCCCGCUGAGGUUGACUUCUACGGCACAAGCCUAAUAUCUGCUAUUGCAACUUCCAACAAUAAUUACGAAGAGUCUAAAUUUGAAGAGUCAAGAAUUAACGCCCUUGUAAGCGUAAUAUCUACACUUCCCAACAAGGUCGUGGACCUUCUCGGCAUUCUGUUCAAUCGCGAAUUAUCAUUGCAACAAAGAAUGUCGAUCUUGACCACCCUGGGCUUCUCGGCGAGAGAGCUGAAAGGAUAUGACGAUAAAGCCAUUGCAAAACCGCAGUACGAUUUCCCCACGAAGCGGUUGCCCUGGGACACAGGCAAACCAAGCAUUCAAGACCUGUCUCCAUUCAUCAACGACAGCUGCUUAAUAGGCCCCAGCACGACUGUGUGGAAAUCGAAAAAACUUGAACCUAAUUUGAGAACAAGAACCCUUAAAAAAGACUUGUUCAAACCGUACGCCGCCAAAUUCUUUUAUCCACUGGCGCAUGCAUGGCUUAACGGCAUCGAUCUAGGUUCUUACGAUCAGCUGUUCAAGACACACUAUCUUGCCACGCUCACUAUUAUAUACCAUUGCGCAUUCCCUGCUCACGAUUAUGUCUCCAUGACACAGCUUAUGAAACAAAUCUUACUUGAUGCAUCACAGCAGGGCGUGCAACUUCCACCAGGAACUAAAGAAAUAAUUCGUUGA